UCCAUCUAUGCAGCUCUGUGAAUAUGAGUUGCACAAUUAACGUCGUGGUGGCAGAACUAGAAGGCUCGACACCUCGGUUGGUUACGAUCCGGAAACAGCUUCGCCCAUCUCCGGUGCUCAUAAUGACCCUGAGAUGCGUCUCGCUUUUGUCCUCUUAAAUCCUUUCGUCUUCGAAUUGGUGACUUGCCACAAGCCUGUUGUAACCACCUUAAUUUUACUAUUUUUAGACCAGGCGGCGCUCUGCAUAAAUUAUGCAGUUCACUGUUGUGUUUUGUAGCAUCUGACUGAGAUUUUUCGUGAUUCCUCUCGGUCCCACCAAGAAAAUGCCGGUAUAAUGCCUUCAGUUAAGCUACGAUCUCAUCCUUUCACAUACCUUCCAAUUCAUUAUUGAGUAAUAAUCCUAUCAUUCUACAUACAUUCAUGCAAACGCUAGAUAAACUACCGCCAUUUUAUUCUUUGUAUCUGCUUCAGAAGGGCUUGGCCUGUUGUUUCGUUUUACACUUCUUAUCAGAGCCCACAUGACGAUAAACUUCGCCUGUUAUUUAAUAUUCUGGAAGGUUAAGAUGAGCAGCAGAAGGUUUCUGGUGAUCAGUACCCUGUUUGCGACAUUGGUAGCGGGUGGCGAUGUGCCUUGUCCAGAUGUCUGCACCUGUCCAUCUCCAUACAGAGCAAAUUGUUGCAACUUCUCACUGACACACGUACCCAGAAAUCUAGGUGGUGGUGUCAUGUUUCUGAAUGCGUCCAGCAACAAUUUGCGUGCGCUCAGAAAGGGAUCGUUCGACGUUCAUCGUAUCAAAAUACUUGACUUGACCAACAACAAGAUUUCUGUAGUUGAAAAGGACACUUUCACAGAACUGGUAGACUUGAUAUUCCUCUACCUUGGCAGAAAUGAAAUUGUUUCUCUGGAUCAAGAUGUUUUUAGAAUGAAUCACAGGCUCGAAUUUCUUAAGCUAGAUCAUAACAUUCUCGAUCUUCCUGCUGGUAGACCCUUUCUCAACGUUCCAUCCCUCAGGUCACUUGAUAUGUCUUCAUGUAAUGUGAGAUCUCUCCCAGAGAAAACAUUUACGAACAUAUCGAGCCUUCAGGAGCUCAGACUGACACGUAACCGGCUUAAAACUCUGGAUCCUAAAGUCUUCCUUCCCUUUAAAUCACUAAAGUCCCUCUACCUCUCUGGCAACUUAUUAAGAUCUGUGCAAAAGGACUUGUUUGUGAUGAUGAAAGAUUUGAUAGUUUUGGAUUUGUCAAAUAAUGAACUGCAUACGCUUCAGUCUGACGUGUUUGCGUUCCUGGAAAGUGUAGAACUUUUGGAACUCUCCGGUAAUAAGUUGAAAACUUUAGGGGUUGAUGCGUUCACUCCACUAACAGGCUUGAAGAGACUUCAUUUGCAAAAUAAUUCUUUGGAUACUCUGAGCAAAACACAGUUCUCCAAGUUGUAUAAUCUUGCAGUUUUGGAUCUUUCCAGAAACCACUUGGAUAAUUUACAGUUACGUGUAAUUUGUCACCUCAACAACCUGACGUACUUCAAGGUGUCGGACAACUGGCUUGCGUGCGACUGUGGGUUAUGGGAACUGUGGAAUUGGAGUGUGGAGAAUGAGAUUAGAGUUGUUUCGACGUGUGACGAGCCAUACUUCGAAUUCUCCGCCAAGAACUUUGAAUCCCUCCGACAUAACAAAUCCUGCAAUGCAACUUUGUGCAUUGUAGAAAUUGAGACAAAGUUUCAGGAGCAAAUGAUUUCUUCUGUGUAUUUGUAUGUGAUAAUAUGCGUCGUACUGGUACUGGUACUUAUUGCGUGUGCCAUUACAACCUUCGUGGUGUUCAGAUAUCGAAAGGCAUUUUGCGAGAAAAGAAAGACCCAGCCGUCUGCUGUCGAGCGCAUCCAGAUCAGAAACAUUGUUUUGGGGACGCAGCGUGAUGACAUUGUGCAUGUGCAGCACCAGCAAGAACUACAGAAGCAACUGCGUCGUCAGCACCAGGAAACAUUUCUGAGGAAUCGUAUUCAAAGGGAACAGAGUGGAAGUCUGAAGGCACUUCCCAUACUUAAACAUCAAAACAUUCGCCACUCCUACCAUGAGUCUCAUCUGUCUUCGGUCGCCGACAACGAAAGGGAAUGGUCAAAUGCUGAUACACUUCCUUCCAACCAAAGGUCGUCGGUUUACCUUACGACCAUGUCUAGUUACGCGAUCAAACCAAAAACUUUUAACAAUUCUAGAGAUCUAUCAGUUUCAGAACCAAAACUCGAGUACCCUAAGAAUUCACCAGUUUGUAAUGAAACUAGCAUAAACGUACUCAAAAAUCCUUUGUCCAGUUCCUCAUCCAAAUGUGAAACCGCAACAGAAAAGCCCAAAUAUGAAAGUGUCCAUGAUGUAUCAUCGUCAGGAUCAGAAACUGUGACUCGUGAAAGUCCUUAACACCCAAGAGAUAUUUGACCGUGAGGUAAAGGGGCACUUGACUCUCAGACUUUAGCCAUUCAAUCCCUUUCUUUGAGUCGUCCUAUUCUGGUGUCAGGAAAUUAGAUGCAUCAGUCCAGUGAACUAAUUUCAGCGCUAAUUGGACCAAAUUUAUGAAACUUUAUACUUUGCUAAGCAGAGAGGUAUUUUAUGAUUGGUUGCACCUUUAACUUGAAGAUAACCUUCUUUCUUUCUCUUUUUUUUUUUUAAAGAAUGUGAGAAGUCAAAAAGGACACAAGAAUCAGAAUAUGCAAAGCAAUGGCCUCCACGUCCAUUAAGUAUUUCUUAAUUUGCUGUUUAUUUUACGUGUUAUACAUAAGGUGUUUUUAAAACGUGUGUUUAUGUUUGUUUGCCCGAAAUAACUGUCUAAUUUUAUGUCAUGAGGCAAUACUAGAACAUUUUAAAGUGUUUU